AUCAUGGGAGGGGGGAGGAAGAGGCUCACAUCACGGAGCACUGGGACCUGUCAGCCCCCCGCAAACUGGAGUGGGGGAAGUCGAGUCAACUGAGUGCCCCCCAAGCCUAGAACCCAGGUUUAAUCUUUUAAUCUUCCUCAUUAAUCACUCACCCUCCUCCUACCCCCUCCGAGGACCAGAGGAUCCGGUUUCUCCCCAGCUCAGGUUCCAGAGGCUUCGCUGGGAAAAGUCCCCUCCUGUGGCCCCACAAUAGGCUGGACAAGUCGCUGGCUGCUGGGGAGACCUUAGUUGGGCUCUGCUGUCAGCAGCCUCCUCCCAUUACUAGUCUCUCCUUCCCUCUCCUCCCACAAACGCACAUCUGGGGAUUGCCCCUAACCCCGUUUCCAACCCCAUUACCAGAGCCCAGUUAGCACAGCAGAGAAGGUAGGCAGGAGAGAUGGCAGGGGAGGGAGGCCAGGGCCCUUUAGGAGAGCCCCACACUCCCCACAGACACACACUAGAUACUGAGAGCAAAAGAUGACAAAUGCAACACAGAUGAUACAUGAGUGAAAGUUGUAGUGUCUGGUGACUGGCCUGGUACAAGAGCUAGCCAGUUCCUGCAUCCUCCUGGGACCCUCUUUAAUUUCAUAUUAAGUGAAACCACCAGGAUGGUUCAGAGGGCUAAAGCCUCCAGCUAGGAGGAUCUCUCCUGACCCUCCUCUGCCCCCCACCAUUAAUAACCAAUUAACAAGGUCCUGACGCAUCUCAGCUUUCUGCUGUGGCCUGGCUAUGCUCUCUGACCCAUUGGGCUGUGUUGCUCAGGCUGCCAUCAGAGCACUGUGAGUAUCUGUGGGUAUGGGGGGAAGGGGUGGUCAUUGAAGGGAGCCUUUAUAAGAAGACUCUGUGUUUGUCUACUUCUGUUGGGUGUCGAGGUCAGUAUCACACCGGGAGGUUUCUUACACCCUCCCUCGCCCCCCACUGUGAUCAAAGUGUCUUCCUGUCUUUGUCAAGGAGUCUUUGGCCCACAUGCCUCAGAUCUCCCAAGCUCUGAUUGGGGCACCCCAACCACAGGCUCCGCUUGCCCCAGGGAAUAGACCGGUAGACCCAGAAGAUCACUGCACAGAUGUGGGAGGUGCAGAGGUUUACAGAGAAGGUGACAGAAUGGACAGUCCAGGAGAGACCGGCCUACUUCUUCAUGGCACCGAUAGGAAAAAAACUAGAAGAAACCCAUAGCAGAGUUCCUUCAGAGUGCAGAGUUCCGCAGGAGUGGUGGGGCUUGUCUCUGGGCUGUAAACCCACCGGCUAUUUGGGAUGUGAUAUGCGAGCAAAAGCCUUGCCUUGUUGGGCUCCGCUGGUGGAGCAGCUGUCCCAGAACUGCCUUAUUCCUACAACAGAGGGCUGUGGAGGUGUGAGCCCUGGGGUAGGUGAGCUGGGAGAGAGAAGAGAAGAGCGAAUGACACCUAGGAUGCAGAUAAAAUAGGAAUGACUAUCCCAGUCCUUAGAGUUUGUCCCUGGCUUGGCGGGGUUUCUGUCCCAGAAUCUGGUUGGAUGUAAAGAGUCACUCCUCUAUAGGGACCCCUCUCACCACUGCUCCCAGGCUGGGGAACCCCAACUGGAACUACAGGAGCUUAAUGAGGAGACAAAGGCAUCAACUGAUAGACUCAGGGGUGACCAGAAGGCCCUCUGUGGAGGUCAGUCUUUCCUGGCAAAGACCCCUCCUGAGCAAUAACCCUCGCUCUGGGUUUGCUGUGUCUUCUCUCCUGAGGGCCAGGUCUCCCCGCUUCUCCAUGUUUUGUUUUGCUUUUUUAACUGAUUUCAGAGGGCCUCUGAGCCCUGCUGGGGCAGCCUUGGGUCCAGCCGCAGAGCCGGCUGGAGUCCACUCACCUGCGCGGCUUGUGCGUCGCAUCCCCACUAUACCCAGUUGCAGUCGCUCUGCCGGGCUUGAGUGCCCCCAGGCCCAGUGCCCGCUAAUAACUUCCAGCCGCGGGGACCUACUUUAAGAGCUUUCAGCAGGAGUGGGGCGGGGAGGAGGGGGCCAGGUCAGGAGACUGAGGUCCUUCCUAGGUGGGAUGGGGAUCUUAGCACAGUCAACUCUGAGCUCCUCGGAAUUUUGCAGAUCUCCGGCUCUGCGACCAGGGAAAGCAAUUUUAUUGCCUACGAGAGUUUAUGAGCCGGAGCGGCGGCUAGGCGGGAGGGGCCGGCCCAGGAAGGGUCCAGCCAGAAUGAGCACAGGGCCGCGCUGGCAGCGCGGAGCAGCCAGGGGGCCAGUGACUUCGCCGGCUUCUCUGCGCGCCCCCGUAGCCUGUAGAAGAAAUACCGCUGCCGGGACGUCUACCGGCUCCAGACCCACGGCGGCCCGGGGUUAGGGAGUGGGGGCGCAGGAGGAGGGGCACUCGGGGCUCGGGCCCAGCGUGGGGGGCGGGUCCGAGGCGGGGGCCCAGAUCGGGAACCGCGCGCUGGGGCCCAGGCGGCUGCGGAGCCGAGCACAGCGGGCGGCAGGACGGCCGCAGCCCGCCCGGCCGGCCAUGAGCUCGGGCCCCGAGCCCCGGACAGCCCGCACACCCUUCAGCAUCGCGGAUAUCCUAGGCCCUGGCAUGGCCCCUCGAGGACCCUCUGCGCCGCAGCUUCCAGAGUCCAGCCCAGGUCCCACGUCGCCGCUAUGCGCGCUGGAGGAGCUGACGAGCAACGCUUUCCACGGACUAGACGGGCUCGCCCUGCAGCGCUCCGAAGGCAGCGCAGCCCCAGGCGCUCUGGGCCACGGCCCCGCGGGCCGCAGACGGCGCAAGUCCCGCACGGCGUUCACGGCGCAGCAGGUGCUGGAGCUGGAGCGGCGCUUCGGGUUGCAGAGGUACCUGGCGCCCCCCGAGCGGGACGGGCUGGCGGCGAGGCUCGGCCUGGCCAACGCGCAGGUCGUCACGUGGUUCCAGAACCGGCGCGCCAAGCUCAGGCGCGACGUGGAGGAGAUGCGCGCCGAUGUGGCCUCGCUGCGCGCGUUGAACCCCGAAGUCCAGGGCCGCCUCGCGCUGCCAGACAGCGCCCGCGGUCUCGGUCUCGGCCUCGGCCUCGGCCCGGCGCGGCCGGACUCCGGGCCCCGCCUGUCGGACGAGGAGAUACAGGUGGACGAUUGAAGGCAAAGCCGCCGCCCUCGCUCCGGAGCGGAGACUUCUAGCCCUCUCGCCCCUGCACCCCGCACCUGGUCCGGGGUGCGGAUGGAGGGUGGCUGUCGACCUCAGCCUCUUCCGGCUCACAGUGCAGACGCCCACCUUUCCUAGUUGUUGAGAAUAAAGAGGAGACUCCAUUGCGCCCCACCUCAAUCCCGCCCCGAGCGGCGAG